CCACAGUAGGCCAUAUAUUCCUUCCUGCUCUCAACAAGCAUCAUCAUUCAUCCAUUAGUAGUAUAGAAGAAUAUAUUUGGGUUAAUAAAAAAUAUAUAUUUGUUAGGGAAUAAAAUAGAAUAGAAAAAUGGGUGUGUUAUCAGGUUCAGGACUGUUGAAUGCACUGAAUGUGAGAGUUGUAGGAUCUGGGAGGAGAAUUCUUGUUCUGUCUCAUGGAUUUGGCACUGAUCAGUCUGCAUGGCAAAGAAUUCUGCCUUAUUUUCAUAGAGAUUUUAAGAUAGUUUUGUUUGAUUUAAUAUGUGCUGGGAGUGUGAACCCUGACUACUAUGAUUUCGACAGAUAUAGCUGUAUGGAUGCCUAUGCAGAAGACCUUAUAACUAUUCUGGAUGAACUCAAUGUGGAGAGCUGUGUGUUUGUAGGCCACUCUAUUUCUGCCAUGAUAGGCUGCAAGGCUUCUAUCAAGAGGCCUUCUUUGUUCACCAAGUUGGUACUUUUUGGAGCCUCCCCAAGUUAUAUGAAUGAUAAUGAAUACCAGGGCGGGUUUGAAAGAAAAGACAUAGACAAAGUAUUUGAUGCCAUGAAAUCCAAUUACAAAGACUGGGUGAAAGGGUUUGCCCCACUCCUGGUUGGAGCAGAUGUGCCUGCUGCAGUCAGAGAAUUCAGCAGAACCCUUUUCAACAUGAGGCCUGAUAUUGCUCUCCAUGUUUGCGAGAUUGUGUUUAAUAAUGACAUGAGAGACAUUCUCAAGCAUGUUAAGGUCCCCUGCUGUGUUGUUCAGACCAGCAAAGACAUGGCAGUUCCUCUUUCUGUUGCAACUUAUGUCCAGAGAAAUCUGGGUGGCAGAAGUUCUCUUGAAAUUCUUGACACAGAGGGCCAUCUGCCCCAUCUCAGCCAGCCAGCCAAGAUUAUUCAGCUUCUCAGGCGCAUACUGUACCAGUAACACAAUAUAUAUUAUAUAUAUAUAUAUAUAUAUAUAUAUAUAUAUAUCUAAUAUAUAAUAUAUAUAUAUAUAUAUGUGUGUGUGUGUGUACAACUGAAAGCCUAUGUAGAACACUGUUUAUGCCUGCAUUAACAGUGGGUUGGGGAUCAAAAAGUUGUAUCAAAUAUGCCUUCUUUAAAGCACUUUUACUGUUCAGCUGCAUUGUCUUUAGAUUCUAUGAUAAUGGAUGAGAUACCCAUGAUUAUGACUUGGAUCA